GUCAAUGCAUUGAUCAAGUCAACUAAAAUUAAAAAAAAAUAAAAAAAUACAGGGAUGAUGCGUGUAGGUAACCGGUCCUUAAAAAAUGCGUGAAGUGGGAAACCGGAGCGAAUAUAGAAAAACCACCGCCACUGACCCAAUCAACAGAUAACUUCCACCACCACAGUACCGCCCUUUUCCUCUCUCAAUCGUCGUCAUCUCCUGCCUCAACAAAGGCAGCACACGAUCACACCACCACGCACCUCAAGCAGCCCCCAGCAACAUCCACCGCCAGCUACCACAUCAACUCUUCCCACAGCCACGAUCCUUUAUUGGUAGCAUCUCAAAACCGCUUUUUGCUUUGGGUCGAAUCAACCAGGUUUCACUAAGGCUGUUGGUUCAGAGUUGGUGAAGGCCAUCAGAGUCAUCCACUGCAGUCGUUAAUGUUUUCAACAGCCAUGUCAUCCAGCUCAAGCACUACUGCAGCCAGCAGGGCCUCGCCAGAGGACCACUUCUGGCAACUUACAGCUGAGGAAUCAUCGUCAUCAUUGAGUGAGGCGUUGCCUUUCUCGUCUGGAAACCCUAGGAUUGAAGAGACACGAGGCGUCAUGCACCUUUUCUCCAAUGAUGCCGUUUCAGAUCUCCCUGUCAGAAGGAAACCUCUUGUGGCUGUGAUUGGAGUGCCGAACCACAUGACAUAUGCUGAUUUCUGCCAGUUUUGUGCUUCUUUUAUUCACCACAUUUUGGAGAUGCGAAUUGUUAGGUUGGACGGAAUGGAGGAUCAGUAUAGUAUACUUAUAAGAUUUGACACUCAAGACUCUACUGAUAAAUUCUACCUUCAUUUCAAUGGUAGACAAUAUAAUUCUUUGGAAGAAGAAGUGUGCCAGGUGCUUUUCACAGUUGAUGUCCAGUUCACUGGUUACAGUGGUUCACUUGAACACUCUCAGCCAUCUACAACAAGCACAGCUGAACAGCCUUCAUGUUUGUCUUGGUAUAUUUUGUUAUCAUUGCAAAUCUGCCUUUUGAUAAUGCUUCGUAUCUUAGAAUGGAAUUUGAAAUUACAUAUGCUGUGGGAGAUGGUCCUAAUUCUUCAUGUUGCAGAGAGACUAGACCAAGACAUGGGUGGAAUUCUUACAACUAUCUGUAAUCAUUCUUUUCACUGCUCUUGCAUUUCAAAAUGGACAGACUCUUCUUGUCCGGUUUGCCGAUAUUGCCAGCAACAACCUGAAAAAUCAAUUUGUAUUGUAUGCCAAACUUCUGAGAAUCUAUGGAUUUGUGUUUUAUGUGGUUUUGUUGGCUGUGGCAGGUAUAAAGGAGGACAUGCCAUACAACAUUGGAAAGAAACACAACACUGCUAUUCUCUUGAACUGGACACACAACGUGUGUGGGAUUAUGUUGGUGACAAUUAUGUUCACCGACUGCUUCAAUCAAAAACUGACGGGAAGUUAGUUGAGUUGAAUUCCCCCAUUGUGCAUGCUUAUGAUGGUUGUGGAGGUUGUGAUUGUGUAGACUCUGGAGUUAGUGAGGCUCUUUUGAACAGCAAAGUUGAGGCUAUUGUCAAUGAGUACAAUGAACUCCUUGCAACCCAACUUGAGAACCAAAAUCUUUUUUUUGGGACCUUGCUGGAAGAAGUUGAAGAAGAAACUGAAAGGGAAAUUUCUAAAGCUGUUAAGAAGGCAAUUGCUCAAAAACUACAGAAGUUUCAGGCCAAGCUGGAUAGAUGUAUAAAAGAGAAGCAAUUCCUUGAUGAUCUCAAUGAGAAUUUAGUGAAAAAUCAAUGGAAGGCAAAGAUAUCGGAAAUUGAAGAGAGGGAGAAAAUGGCUUUGAAAAUAAAGGACGAUAAAAUUCAGGAUCUGGAAGAACAGCUUAGGGAUUUGAUGGUGUCCCUGGAAGCGGGAAACAUGGUGGAGCAGCUAUGUAUAUCAAAUGAACUCAAGGAUGAAGCUUUCUUGCCAAUAUUAGUGGAAUCGUCUCCAGGGAAGAGUCCCAAGGGGGGCAAAAAGGCUAAUAACCAGAGAAAAAGCUGAGGGUGGCAGAAUUUGCUGUAUCAACCUGUCUUUUGUAUUUCAUGGCAUUCCACCUCAAAUUUUGCUAGUUGAGGGGUUCCACGGAGGAUCAGGCCUUAGUGGUGCAAACCUUCAUGUGCAGUCCUGGUGUCCUAAUUUGUGACUCGCAGCGUAAUUACUUGUGGCGGAAUUACAAUCAAUGAGUUUGUGUAGAUUUGUAUUUGGAGGUCAAAAUGUGAUGUGAAUAGAAUUAUUAGUCUCUUUGUUCCGAAAAGAAAAUGUUUUGUAUGAUCCUACAGAUUUUUUUUAAAAUAAGUAAUAAAUCCUGUCACAUUAAUUACUUAAA